UUAAUUUGUUUUCAGUAGGGGAUUGUAUUUUUCCCACUCUUUGGUCACACUAAUCAAAAACACCAUUCAUGGAAAUGGAUGCCGAACUAACAAACCGGGCCAUAGCCGAGCUGAUGCGCGAGAUAGAAGGCCAGAAUCCCAGUUUACCCAGCCACAAACAAGCCGAACGCAAAGUGAAUCCACUGGGAAAAACGAAUAAGCGCUUUUUGGGCCGCACCAUAAACACGGCGAUUCGCCACAAUAAAAGGGAAGACGAGCGCACGCAGGCCAAUUGUCGGCAAAAGCUGCAGGAUCUGGAUGAUAUAUAUGAGCGAAGGCAGUCCAAUCACUUCUACAAUCGCGAUGUCCAGAGGAGCAGGAGUCGCAGUCGAAGUCGAAGUCUGGACAGGAACGGCAGCCGAGUUGCCCACAAAAAGGACAAAAGGCGAGGCAGCAGCAGGAGACGGAGCAGCAGCAGCAGCAGUAGGGAAUCUAGCCGCAGUCGCAGCCGCUCCCGUCACAGUCGCUCCCGUCGCAGGAAAAAGCACAAAAAGAAGGCCAAGAAGCACAAGAAGUCCACGAGGAGGCGAAGGAAAAGCAGCAGAAGCAGCAGCAGCAGCAGUAGAAGUAGUAGGCAUGGAGAGGCCAUGCCCAUUGCCCCACCUUCGGAAAUGUUCCUCCAACAUUCCAAGCAAAUGGCUGCGGCCGUGGCCAUGGUCUACGGCCAAGUCUUCCUAGCCAAUGGCCAAAAGUUGGCCAAAGAACGUUCAGCUUCUCCCUUGAGCGACAUAGUUCGCGAGCUGAUGUCCGAUGAUGAAGAGCCGGAAAAAUCGAGGAAAACACCCAUUGCCCUGACCUGUUCAUCCAGCGACGAAGGGCCACAUCUACUCACCAUUGAUGUUAGCUCCAAUUCCUCCGCGGAGUGUUUGGAUACCGAUUCCGAUGGCGAGGACAGCGCUGGCAGCUGCAUAAACCUAGACGAAUCCGAGUCUGAGAACGAUAGUGAUAUGGAAUUAAUCGAGUGCCAUGACGAGCAGCCCAAGGAGAUGGCAUUCACAUCUGCAUCUGCAUCUGCACCUGAAACCGAAACCUGCAAUGAAAAGCAACAGGUGGACGUUCCUACCACCGUGGACCUGACUGAAGAUUAAUUAGGCUUAAAUUAUAAGUUACUCUAACUAAAUUAUCAUCUAUCAGAGACAUAGCAUUACUUAAUAUAUAUAUUAGAAAUUGUAAAAAAGCUAUGAAAGCGACUAGUCCUUGGAAUUCAUAAUGACUCAUUUAUUUUCUACUAUUAUUUAAUGCUACAUAUCCACCUAAGAACUAGUCCAAGCUAGUCUAAAAUCAAUCAGUUAUUAUAUAUAUUUCUCGUAAAUGCUGUUGUACUCGAAUGUGCCUGAAGUAUAGAACAUAUAUUCUUGUAAUACUGCUAGAGAUAAGUACAUAUAUCAACAGCUGUCUUUACUUAUUUUCUUUACACUUGAAACACUGA